AUGGGAUGGGUUUCGUUUACUGAACUAGCGUCGAUGGAUUGCCGUGGAAUUAUGUUUGAUGUAACUGAUGGAGUUUCAUCACCUAGUCUGGUUUGUUUACCGCCACAAAAAUUUUUCGAGUACGAACAUGACAGUCGUGAUCACACAUUAGGUCGCAUUGGAGAUAAAAUGGUUAAAUUAGAUGGAUCAUUGAUUUCAACGUUUCUUCAUAAAAGUCAAAUUCGACUUAAAUCAAAAGCAAGUCUUGAUUCCCAACAAGUGCGAUUAGCAGAAUCUUGUCUGUAUCAAAAUUCUCAACUCCGUAGAGAGAUUCAAUCACUUGCUGAACAAGGCUAUACGAUUAAUUUUGAAUUGACAUCUCCUCGAAACCGCAUUGUGAUACCUUACACAAUCGAUCAGCUUACUCUUCUAUCCAUUCGAUCCCAUAUUACAGGUGAACAUUUAUUUGGAACUCGACUUGCUCAAUUUCUUCAAGACAAAUAUCCUGCAAUGCUAGCAAAUAUGGUUUCGUACGAGAACUGUUCGAAUAGUGUCGACACUUGUGAGAAACAUCUGCAAUUCAUCGAAACAAUUCGUCAAGAAACGACAGGAGAAGGCUAUGUGGUUGAAAUAGAAUUAAAUGACGGAACAUCCUAUUUAACUAAAGUCAAGAAUUCAAACUUUCUCCAACUCGAAAUGAAAAAAAAGAAUCCCAAUCUUUGA